GCAUUAAAAAAAUAAAAAAUAUAAAAAUAACAACAAUUGUGGCUCACACUUUCUGUAAAGCUCAGUGUUGCCAUGCAUGCUGUUGCACAUGGCAGACAACUCUAAAUAGUGGGGGAACAUUAAUUUAGAAAAUGAAAAAAACAGGCCCAUAUUUCACAAGAUGUUAGUACAUUCUGACAAGAUUAUCAUGAAUUUUAUAUUUACUGUCAACAAUCGGUAACAGUUUUCCAGAGUAAAAUUAGUGCCAUGGCUCUACAAAGGUUCAAAAACACUUCUCCGGGAUCUCUAAACGUGGUUAGUAAACAGAUGUUUUAUUUUUAAAUCAGCGUAUAUGUGUGUGGGUGUGGAUUUUCAAAUGGUAGUACACCCCCCCAAACCUCUCGGAUCCACCAUACUGUAAAAUGUUUCAACAUGGCAGCCAUCCUGAAGCCCUGCCCACAAGCUGACCUAUGAGAACGCGGCAGCCUUUUGGGGGGUCGCGCAAGAAACGAUAGGCCAUUUCCAAGCGCGCUCUCUAGCCAUGCGGCUGACGGCAACGCGCGCCCCCCGUCCGAACCGGAGUGACAUCAGGACACGGUGAGGAAUAUGAGCAAGGGGAAUGGUGCCGGUCGCAGCGCUUCUCUCAACUUCACCAUCGACCACAUUCUCAACUUGAGGGCGGGGAAGGAAGACUCCAGGCAGAGCAGGCAUGAAAGGGACGUGUUUGACCAGGUGUGGGACACUCCGAGACGGUGCGAGGGUGGAUCUCAGGAAACAGCCCUCAACAGCACGUCAACACCUCGGCCCGCCGCAGCCAGCGCCAGCACCGGCCCCAACUGUGGCAAGAAGAAGACCCGCACCAUCUUCUCCAAGAGGCAGAUCUUCCAGCUGGAGGCAACGUUCGACAUGAAGCGUUAUCUAAGCAGCUCGGAGCGAGCAGGCCUGGCCAGCGCAUUGCAGCUCACAGAGACCCAGGUGAAGAUCUGGUUCCAGAACCGACGCAACAAGCUCAAGAGGCAGCUGUCGGCGGACGACGACGGGCCGGGCAGCGCGCCCGUGCAUGGCGUUUACAAAGAGAACGAUCAUCUACUGGGCACAUGUCUGCUUCCAACAGCCUUCCCGGUCUUCUAUCCCAACACCAUCUAUUUCUCCAAAUGUUUUGGACUUUUUGACGCGGAUAGAUGAGUAGAACCCCAGUGAGCCAAUUUCCACCUGGACCACACAAAAUUGCAAGACAAUUGAGUUUUUGUCAAUGCAUGAAGGUGGAGGACGUUCCGUAGAACACCAAAGUCUGAAUUAAGAUCGCAGCACCACACAGUCAAGAGGCAGACUGACUUUGAAAUUUUGUGGGCAUGUAGUGUAGAGACAGAAAAAAGUUUCAAGGUGUCUCUGCCUUUUUUGAUGUUUCAAAGUGCAGGACUCAUACAGGGAAAAUAAUAUUAGUGGAGAGUGGAGAGUGCUAUUUUUCCUUUUUAAAAAAAUCAAAGAAACACAAUUCUGGGUUUAUUUGGGGCUGAGGCUAUGGGCAUUUGAAUUAAUUUCAAUCAGGAAAAGAUCAUUUGAGGUACAAGUUUUUUUCAAGUAACGAGCCUGGUCAUGGAACGAAUUGAACUCGUAUUUCAAGGCACUGCUGUGAUUGCAAUUUUUACAUUCCAAUGUUGUUUUGCCUUUUAUAGUUCAAAAUAAAAGGUUUCA